AUGUCAACCCCGGAGGAUACUAGCAGAGCUGAAAGCAGCAGUGCAUCCAUCCCAGGAUCAAGCACUCAACCUACUAUCAUCACCAUACGCGGGUCCACACAGCAUCGACCAGAUAAUACACCUCGUGCAGAUACUACACGGCACACAGAAAUCUACACCGAUAACCCGGGCCAUGCGAGUCGUCUUACAGACGCGGAACGCCAGAGACUAGAAGCACUGGUGGUAGACUCGAGAGGCGGGGCGAUCUUCGUUACAUAUGAUCUGGUCCACAGAAUCGAUACGCUCAUGGCGGAUGGAACCUGUCGCACGGAAGAAGCUUUGAUGCAGUACUUGUUUCAAGAUGAUAUCUGGGAGGCUGUUGAUUCUAGUGAUGUGAAUAUUACGGAGACAAGGGGGUCCGUAGGGAUGGCGAUGGUAAUGGAAGGCAAGGCGACGAGAGCGAAUUGA